GGAUUGUCAGGGACCUAAAGCAGGCCGUACUUAAAUAGCCUGACCAUCCUUAAAAGAUACCUAGCAGCCUUUAUUCCAACCUUAUUAACUCUUGACUCCUUGUUGAAUCGCAUUUCCCCUCUUUACUCUUAGUAUACCUUAGUACUUAUACUCACACCCACCUACUACAUCAUCAACUACCAACUUUUGAUACCUCGUCCUACCACAAACAUCUCGCACAAUACUAUCGUCGCAUUCCAUAAACAAAUCCCCUCAUCGUCGCAUACACUUAUAAACCCUACUUCCAUGGCAGAUUUCGCUCCCCCAGCUGGCCCACCUCCUCCCAAGGCCCCCGAUGUCCCUGCCGGAUGGGCCGUGCGAUGGAACGACCAGUACAAGGAAUGGUUCUAUGUCAAUGUAUACACGAAACAAUCUCAAUGGGAGAAGCCCACUGCCCCCGUCUUCCCCAGUGAUGACGGUGCGCCCGCUGGUCCUCCUCCCGGAUACGAGCCAGGCAACACGCCCGUAGUCACAGAUACCAAGAAGAAUCCCUACGAGGAUGUCACAGCUAAUGCCGGCGGUUCAUCCCAAGAUGAAGACGCCAAGUUGGCUGCUCGACUCCAGGCCGAAGAAGAUGCGCGCGCGCGCAGUGGCCAUGGUGGCCCAGACGUUCCCGCAGGAUAUGGCGGCUCAAAUAACCCAUUUCCCCAGAGCAACAGUCCUUACCCUCAACAGCAACAAGGCGGCAGCAACUACCCCUCAGAACUACCCCCUAGAGAUCGGGGUGCUAAGAGUGGUGGUUUCCUAGGAAAGCUGAUCGGCAAGGGAAAGCAAAUGGCCGACAAACGCCAACAACAACAAGGUCAAGGCGGAUACGGCGGUGGCUACCCUCAGCAGCAGUACUAUCCCCAGCAGUCUCAGGGUGGCUACCCCGGACAGGGUCCCCCUAUGGGCUACGGUGCUCAACCUCAUUAUGGCGGCGGUGGUUACGGCGCACCUGGCGGCUAUGGUGGAUAUGGAGGCGGCCCCGGUUAUGGCCAACCUGGCGGCGGCUUCGGCGGUGGUGGUAUGGGAGGUGGCCGCAAACCGGGAGGUGGAGGCAUGGGCAUGGCAGGAGGCGCUGCUCUCGGUGCCGGUGCCGGUCUGCUCGGUGGCGCCAUGCUCAUGAACUCAUUCGAUAAUGAUGAGCAAGAGGCCUAUCAAGACGGUUUCGAGGACGGUGCUGAUUUCGACGGCGGUGACUAAACACCAAAUCACGCUGUACAUGUUUGAUUGAGUAGUAUGCUUGGUAUGCUGCUGGAAUGGAAUCGGGUUGCUACGCUUUAUGACUUUUGGAAUGACAAGGAAUUGGGUAUUGGAUAAAUAAGCGUACCACUACGUUGAGCCGUCUGUCAGAUCUCGGCCAGGAUCUCAGACUGGAGCCUAAGAAUCAAAUCAAUCGAAUAAUGAUAUCCAUCUAACUGCAUAUUCUGCCAUUUCUUAUGAUAUUGCCUCUCUAUCGCCCACCAAUAUGUCCUACAACUGAAUAUCCACCUUUCGCCACUAUUAUAUACUCAUCCAGCUAUGU